AUGGCCACCCAACUACUCCUCACACUGUUCCUUCUCUCUUUCACCCUCACAACUAUCAAAGCAGACGACACGGGGUUCGUGGCCACAGUGGACCCCAAAACCCUAGGGCUCCACAAGAAACAAACCCUGAGCCACUUCAGAGUCUACUGGCACGACAUCAUAAGCGGGUCCAACGCCACCGCCGUACAAAUCAUCCCGGCAAUCCCCAAGUACAACACCACCUCCUCCUUCGGCUCCGUCACCGUCACCGACAACGCGUUGACCCUGGGUCCCGAACUGAGCUCCAAGGUGGUGGGAAGAUCCGAAGGAAUCUACGCCCUCACGUCGCAGUCGCAGGUUACCCUGCUCAUGGUCAUGAACUUUGUCUUCACGGAAGGGAAGUACAACGGGAGCACCAUAACCAUCGUGGGGAGGAACGUGGCCUUUGAAUCUGCGAAAGAGUUACCUGUGAUUGGUGGAAGUGGGGUUUUCAAGUUUGCUACGGGUUACGCCAAGGCUAAGACCUACUUCUUUGACCCCAAAACUGGGGAUGCUACCACUGAGUACAACAUCUAUGUUUUCCAUUAUUGA